GCAAGAGCGAAUGCGAAGGACCACGCCCACCUUGGAGAUCAUAGAAAAAACAUCGACAGCCGAAUUAGAAAACGAGAAUUUUUGGCCGAAACUUGGUUCAAAGUCUCAAGACUGCCUUUAUUUUUGGUUUGAGAGAAUUUGUAGCUAAACGAUGGCCGACACACCCGACAUUUCGCCUCGGGAGAUGGCUAUCCUGAAGGACAAGAUGCAGCGGACCGCUGAACUGAAGCAGCACUACCUGAAGCAGAUCCACAACCCUUACAGGCACGCGUCUGGCGAGGGAGGCACCGUCCUUGACCCCGCCAUCGCCAGGUUCCAAGCCCUCCGUGCUGGUGGCUACGAACGCUUCAAACCAACCUGGAAGAACGGACUCGUAUCCUUUGCUGUUGUCGUCUUGCCCAUGCUCUCGUACGGCACGACUCUUUACAAAAGAAGGAAUGAGAGGGAGCAUAAAAUCAGAACUGGACAAAUUUCUUACGAGGACAGGAAAUUCAAGUUUCAAUAAAGACCCUCAUCAGCGUCGUGUAGAUGUAAAUUUGUUGAUAAAGAUAUGCGGAAUAAAAUGUUAUUAAUUAGUUGAAAAGAUGA